AUGUACAGUCAAGGCAGUGUAUCAAAUCUUAAACUGUUCGUUACCUUAAUGGUGGGGAUAGCUAUUGGAUUCACCUUUUCUCAAGUAACGGAUACAUCCAAAUAUGAAAUACCCAACAUCGGCAAUACGGUGAGAACUCAAGAUGUAUGGACUCAGCCAAAUCCUAGCGAAGAAAUAAAAGAAGAAUUCGAAUCCCCCAUCGAUUCAACAACAGAUAGUUAUGAGGAUGAGGAUUUAGAACAUGAUGUAUGGUCUCGCAGUCCGAGAGAAUAUAAAGAACACGCGAAUCCAAUAUUUAAUGAAAUAAAUCAUAAUGAAAACGUACCACAACAAAUAGCAAAUAAUAAGUUUAGAUAUUAUGAACUCAAUACAACAAUAGCGGAUAAAUUAUAUGAUGAGGUAAAAGUUUUAUGUUGGAUCCUAACGGGUCCGGCAAAUCAUAAAAAGAAGGCAAUUCAUGUUAAGAACACAUGGGGUUCACGGUGCAAUAAACUAAUCUUUAUGAGUUCCGAAGAAGAUGAAGAGCUGGGUGCUGUUAAGUUGCCGGGAGUGGGUGAAGGCCGAGGGCAAUUAUGGAAGAAAACUCGCGAGGCCUUUAAGUAUAUCUAUGAAAAUUAUAUCGAUGAAUACGAUUGGUUUCUGAAGGCCGAUGAUGAUACUUAUGUGAUUGUGGAAAAUUUAAGACUAUUUUUGUAUCCCAUGUCCUCUGAGGCCCCCGUUUACUUUGGCUGUAAAUUUAAACCCCAUGUUAGACAGGGUUACAUGUCCGGUGGUGCAGGAUACGUUUUAAGUAGAACUGCAGUUAAACGUUUCGUUGAGUUGGGCCACAACAAUCGCAUGAUAUGUCGCAAAGGUUUUGGCGGUUCCGAAGACAGUGAAAUGGGUCGUUGUUUGCAAAAUGUAGGCGUUGUUGCAGGAGAUUCCCGUGAUGAUCUGAAACGCGGACGAUUUUUCCCAACACAACCAUCUGGUCAUCUUAAGCCAAAGGAUAAGUCUAGUUGGUAUUGGCGUUACAUAUUUUACAAAACCGAAGAUGGCCUCAAUUGUUGCUCCAAUUAUGCCAUAUCGUUUCAUUACAUACAUCCGGAUAAUAUGUAUGUCAUGGAUUAUUUAAUAUAUCAGUUGAAACCAUUCGGUAUAUUACCGAGUUAUUUGGAAUUACCACCGAAGAAAAAUAUGGAAGAGCUAUUGAAUAAGUGGCGUAAUGAAGAAUCUGAUAAUCCCUUAUAAUUUAGUUAGAUAUAUAAUAUUUAA